AUUCAAUGGCUAGUCCAGGGAAGGAUAAUUACAGAAUGAAAAGUUAUAAGAACAAAGCCUUAAAUCCUCAAGAGAUGCGAAGGCGGAGAGAAGAAGAAGGAAUACAACUUCGAAAACAAAAAAGGGAAGAACAGUUGUUCAAACGCAGAAAUGUCUCUUUGCCCAGAAAUGAUGACUGUAUGCUGGAGAGUCCCAUCCAGGACCCAGAUAUCAGUUCCACUGUACCCAUUCCAGAGGAAGAUGUGAUCACUGCAGAUAUGAUUCAGAUGGUGUUCUCUAGCAAUGCUGAACAGCAGCUAGCAGCAACACAGAAAUUCAGAAAGCUGCUGUCUAAAGAGCCCAAUCCACCAAUAGAUCAAGUUAUACAGAAACCAGGAGUUGUACAGAGAUUCGUGAAAUUUCUUGAAAGAAAUGAAAAUUGUACUUUACAAUUUGAAGCUGCCUGGGCAUUGACUAAUAUAGCAUCUGGAACUUUUCUGCAUACCAAGGUGGUGAUUGAAACUGGAGCUGUUCCAAUUUUCAUCAAACUCCUCACUUCAGAGCAUGAAGAUGUGCAGGAACAGGCUGUGUGGGCACUUGGUAACAUUGCUGGUGACAAUGCAGAAUGCAGGGAUUUUGUUUUGAAUUGUGAGAUACUUCCACCUCUUUUAGAGUUAUUAACGAAUUCAAACAGACUUACCACCACCAGAAAUGCUGUAUGGGCCCUCUCAAAUUUAUGUAGAGGCAAAAACCCUCCUCCAAAUUUUAGUAAGGUUUCACCUUGCUUAAAUGUCUUAUCACGAUUGUUGUUUAGCAGUGAUCCAGAUGUGUUAGCAGAUGUGUGCUGGGCCCUUUCUUAUCUCUCUGAUGGACCUAAUGAUAAAAUUCAAGUAGUCAUUGAUUCUGGAGUCUGUCGAAGAUUGGUGGAACUAUUGAUGCACAAUGACUAUAAAGUUGUAUCACCUGCAUUAAGAGCAGUUGGUAAUAUUGUGACUGGUGACGAUAUUCAAACACAGGUCAUUUUGAAUUGUUCUGCAUUGCCCUGCCUCUUGCACUUGUUGGGUAGUCCAAAGGAGUCAAUUAGAAAGGAAGCCUGCUGGACCAUUUCUAACAUCACUGCGGGAAACAGAGCUCAGAUCCAGGCUGUCAUAGAUGCAAGUAUUUUCCCUGUUUUGAUCGAGGUUCUCCAGAAAGCAGAAUUUCGUACCAGAAAAGAAGCAGCGUGGGCUAUAACUAAUGCCACAUCGGGAGGCACUCCAGAGCAAAUAAGGUAUUUGGUAACCUUAGGCUGCAUUAAACCACUUUGUGACCUUUUGACUGUCAUGGACUCCAAAAUAGUUCAGGUGGCUUUGAAUGGACUCGAAAAUAUUUUACGUCUUGGAGAACAAGAAUCUAAACAGAAUGGAGUGGGUGUCAAUCCAUACUGUGCUCUCAUUGAAGAAGCAUAUGGCUUGGAUAAAAUCGAGUUUCUGCAAAGCCAUGAAAAUCAGGAAGUUUACCAAAAGGCUUUUGAUCUAAUUGAACACUAUUUUGGUGUAGAAGAUGAUGAUCCCAGCAUUGCACCUCAGGUGGAUGAAAACCAGCAACAGUUUGUAUUUCAGCAGCAGGAGGCACCAAUGGAAGGGUUUCAGCUCUAACAGGUGGUGGAGAAAAUGAUGGACUAAACUGGCUAGCUUCAAUAUCUCUUCCACAUUACCAGUAUUGGUAGAAAUGUUUUUAUAUAAUACAGAAAAGAAAAAAAUCUGAUGCACUUUUAAGAAGCAAAAAUGAAAGAAAAGUUUCCAUUCAGAUGCACCCUUACCUUAUAGAUUUCUGUUUGUUGUUUUGGUUGUUCAUUUUGAUGUAGUUAUAUUUGUCUUCUGUUGUUUGGAUUUUUAUAUAUAUUUGUGAAUAUACAUUAUGCAAUUAUUUCACUCAAGCUUGAAAAGGAGGGCUUUGUGUUAUAUAAUGGUUCUGAACUUUUCAAGUAUUCUUGAAAACUGCAUAAUAGCAGUGUUGUGAAUAUUGAUAAUUGCAUUUUGGCAGGAAGUCUGGUGAUACCCAGCCUUUAUUAAAUCUACCUCUGUCUUGAAGCAAACAUAAAAACAAAAAAGCUUCAGAAGCAUGAAGUCAUAUGAGAGCUGAAUUAGAAUAUGAUAAUCUUUAUUACUUUAGAUUAUAAAUCACUGUGCUGUAGGUUAUACUUCAAACAAUUGCAGCAGAAAACUUACAAAAUGUAUUUAUAAAACAGAAGAAAUAUUGUACUGAUGGUUAAAAUGUGGCAGUUAUGAAGAGAAAAGCUAUUCAUGUUGAUCACAUUAUAUACCCAUAAAACACUUAAAUAUUUGUGUUGUUCACAUAAAAUACCAUUAUUGUAGUAUAUUUUAUAUUUUAUCCAGAUAUGCUAUCCGUUUUGGAAUAGUCUUAAUUUUCACUCUUCAUUUUAAAGAGGAUUGUGACAGAGAGGUGAUCAUGAAUCUAAAGUAGCUACAUAUCUGAAACUAUAUUUAUUCUGAGUUUUCAGAAGGUCUUCAAAUGUUUUAUUCUCUGUAUAGUUGUGAACUUGAGUAUUGAAUGACAAAAGUAUUCUGAAGAAAUCACCUUUUAUGUACUAACCUGUGUUAAAUGCACUUAAUGUUUUGACUAAAUGAGCGAUGCUAAUGAAAACUGCUAAAGAUUAUUUAAUAUGUAGAAGUCCAUAUUAAGAAUAUUCCCUUUUGGUAACACACAGCAGGUCAUAUUGCUGCUUAUUAUGAACUAUGUGGUAGCUGACUUUUGUAUCAGAUUGGUCAGUCUAAUUUGCAUUUUAGGAGUUAGCAACAAAAAGUCUCCUGAAAUAUGAAAGUCUAAAAGGUUUUGAUAGGAAAUUUGUAUUUAUUUAUAUAUGUGUGUGUGUUAUCCCCAUAGAACUGCUUGACAGAAUUUUCUAAGCAGAUGUGGUAUUGUCGAACUGUCUUUUGAUUUAUAGUUAUAUGCAGGUUUUGGAUAUACCCAGUUAUAUACGUAAGAAUACUUAUGUAAAACCUAAUUUACAACUCUUAAGAUGGGAACUAAAACAAUUUUGAUAUGAUUCAUAGUCUAUUCUGUAAAGGAAGAUUUCAUUUAUGACAGCGUUUGUAAUGUUUCUGCUGGAAAUCAGGCAUGUGACAUAAGGAAUGUGUAUAAAGGAGUACUUUUAAAUAGUAGGACACUUUGUAAACUGUAUAUCAUGAAUCUAAGCUUUUGGCAAGACACUUAAACACUACAACCAUGAAAUCUCAGUUUAAAUGGUUUCUAGAGUGCUGACUGCAUCUUCCAGUCCUUUUAUACCAUUAAGUAGAGGAUUGUGUCUGUGCCCUUUUUAUUAUAAUGGGAGUUGCAGAGUUAAGUAUAAAAUGUUAUAUUAUGUACAUUCAAAGAAACAGGGUAGUGAUAUAAAGAUUACCAAGUUGAUGGGUGAAUUUAUCAAAUAAACACUGUUUUAUGGUGCCAAUGUUUCUAAGAUGACAGGGUAUUUGAUUCUUUGUAAUCAGUUAGUUGAACUUUUAGAUGCAGCAUACUUCAAACCUAGCCAGCUGUGCCUGCUUUGAGGAGCCAGUAGUCACUAUAACAAAUCCUCAGCCAAAUCUUCCAAAAAGUAGUUCUUGUAGAAGAAAGUGUGUGUGUGUGUGUGUGUAUGCAUACACAUACAUGGGAAUAAACAUACAUACAUACAUACAUACAUACAUACAUACAUACACACUGUUUGCAGACACACAGAAUAAAUGACCUAUCAAAGGGGGUUUUAGAAUAUGUCAGUGGAGCAGAUAUAUUUCUAACACAGAACUUGAUCGUACUUUGAAUAUUUAAAUACACAUUUAAUUUCUUGGAUCUCUAUCUUGUGUAAUUUGAUUAGAUUUGACUGUGAAGAGCACUUGGUCUCACUUCAAGGUCUGGUUCUUUUUUGUUGAACCAAGAGUAAGAGAUAGCUUUCUAAGUAUGCCAUUUUAAAAUUCCCUCUAACUUGUUUUCAUCAUCAUAAUAUUGUCCCUUGUGAUGCAACUUAAUAAGUUGCUUUUCUAAGAUUUAUGGCACUUAUGCAGAAUAGUUACUGUGCCAAAUAAAAUAAAAUAUGUCAUUAAUGCAGAUACCAAGAAAAAUACUUGAAAGAGUCCAUUUAAUUAAAUUGGUCCAUUUAAUUAAAUUUAUUUGAGCUUGAAUUUCUACUGGUUGAACUAUGCAAUCAUGCUUACUUGUUUUAUAAAUACUUGAUGCACUGGCCUAGGUCCUUACUGUUUGUUUAUUUAGUUGUUUUUUCUGUAUGCUUUAAUUUGAAAGGUUACUCCAACCUCAUUUUUAAUGUUCUUAAUUUUUAGUGUCAUUUGUCACUUAGUGGUAGCACCGAAACAGGGUAUUUUUUGUUUUACUUUGUUUUGCUUUUUGUUUUAAAGUAAAUCUGCUGGCACAGAAAUAGCUUCUCAUUUGGUUCCCGAAACCUGUUUGCAGUUAAAGAUGGACCCACUGGGAAAGAACUGAAGAAGAAUUUAUUACCUCUGCUUUUGUAGUUUUUCUUCUUAUAAAGGAGUAUUAUGAAAAAGUUAACACGAAAAUGUCUGUGAAUUUCUGUUUGUGUUCUAAAUUUAGCAAUCUACUGUUUGCUUAAUUGUGAUACUGUGAAAUAAAAUGAACUCCUAUUCAUUUUAGUACAUAGCACUACUAUUUUCUGAAAUGUGACAUGCUGUUAGGAGCCAAUAUAGUAGGGCUCUAGAAGGCCAUUGUCUCGUGAUUGGAAAGUGAGAUGAGAUGAGGGGAUUCUCACCCAACUACAUAAAGAAACAUUUGAGUAUUAUGCAAUAUUAUGAAAUGUUAUACUCUACUAAACACAAUAAAAUACUGUUUUGCAGUUGCA